GUCUUAUCGAUACUGGACCAAGAGAAAUUAAGCAAACCACAGUCAUGUUUACAGCUCGCAAACUCUCCCAGGCAGCGUGCAGCAUUUCAGUGCGCGGCAAGCAUUCGCUGCCCAAGCUGUCGUACGACUAUGCCGCAUUGGAGCCCAUUAUCUGCCGCGAGAUCAUGGAGCUGCACCACCAGAAGCACCACCAGACCUACGUCAACAACCUGAACGCGGCCGAGGAGCAGCUGGCGGAAGCCUCGUCCAAGAACAACACCUCGAAGAUCAUUCAGCUGGCCCCGGCCCUGCGCUUCAACGGCGGCGGGCACAUCAACCACAGCAUCUUCUGGCAGAAUCUCUCGCCCAAAAAGUCCACACCCAGCGACGACCUCAAGAAGGCUAUCGAGUCGCAGUGGAAGAGCUUCGACGAAUUCAAGAAGGAGCUCAGCGCCCUCACAGUUGCCGUUCAGGGUUCUGGAUGGGGCUGGCUGGGCUAUAACAAGAAGUCGGGCAAGCUGCAGCUGGCUGCCUUGCCCAACCAGGAUCCUCUCGAGGCCAGUACCGGCCUGGUGCCCCUCUUCGGCAUCGAUGUGUGGGAGCACGCCUACUACUUGCAGUACAAGAACGUGCGUCCCUCGUAUGUGGAGGCCAUCUGGGACAUCGCCAACUGGGACGACAUCUCGUGCCGCUUCCAGGAGGCCAAGAAGCUGACUACCUAGGAUGCUGCUUUACGUUCUGUGUGUUAAUAUUUAAGCAUCGGAUCAUAGAUCCACACUCUGUAGUCUGAGAUUUCGGCAAAAAUAAAUUGGUAAUCAUUAGAAA